AUGGUCAAUACCUCAAGCAACAUAACUCCAUGCUAUGUUACUUGUGUGCAAGGUGGCUCCUUGUUGCCACCACUCAAUAACCUGGAUUGUCCUGAGGUAUCGCCCUAUCAGCAAAUGUCAUCAAGAACCUCCUUCUCCUCAAGCUCUCCUCCAACCUCAUUUGCUCCAAACAUGCCUGAGGCUGACACUCUGCAACCUGGAAGCAUGCAUACAGCCACUUCCACCACUGCUGGUGAUGACUCCAACACCCCAGCUUGGGUUCAGAUGCUUCUGGAGCAGCAAGCUCAUGCUCACUGUGCCAUGGAGGAAUGCAACAACCAUCCUUACACUCAUGAUGAUCACAGCUAUGCAUGCAAAGUGCAAACCAGAGUGGUCCCACAGCUUCUCAUUAAGGAUCGCACCUUGAAACCAGAAGAGAUUGCUAUCUUCAACCUGGGUGCCAGAGACAAUGUCAAAGUCUUCUGCCACCACAUUCAGGACAUAGCGGCCUUCAAGAGUCAGGCUGCUGUUUGCAAAACCCUCCCACAGUGCUUGCAUUCCACUGCUACUGAUUGGUACACAAACCUUGGCAAUGUUGAACAUGCUCAGCUCCAUGUGAGUACUGAUGCAUGGCAACACCUCCUCCAUGAUCAUUUUGGUAUGAGCAUCACCAAGGCCCACAGUGCUCUUAGCUCCCUGUGCUAUGACCUUGCAGGUGACUACCACACCUACCACAAACACAAGAUUCACCUUGCAUGCAUUGCCAGAAUCACCAUUCCAGAGCAGAUCAUCCAAUCCCUCUUUGCAGGUCUACCCUUUGACAUGAGGAAUGCUCUUGCCAGCAGCCUCGAGGGCAAAAAAGCUGGGGACCUCAAUGUCUUCUAUUGCUGCUGCCUGCCCCCUCCUCACCCAUGCCAGCACUGCAAUGGCUCCCACUGGGAUGCUGACUGUACUAAGGCAAGUAAGCCCUUAGUGCGAUUUAACCCUGCUGUGGCUGCUCACCAUGUCGAUGCCACUGGCUAUGAGGAUUCAGACUAUGCAGCCCUGGAAUACCACUACCUUGAGGCUAGCCAGGCAGGCCAACCAGGAGACUUGGAUGUGGAUGAUGUGUUGGGCAUGACCUACUCCCCAGAAGCUUCCAGUGAUGACUCCUUUGGCUCCAACUAG